ACUCAGUAACGAAUACAUGCGGUUUGCUCCAGCUGUAUUGCUUACUCAACUUAGUAAUUAUGGCGACUUGCAUCGUUUCGUAUAUAAUUCUUGGUCGUAGUCAUGUUAAAUUAUUUAACACUUGUCACCGUUUGUUUCUUCGGAUUAUAAAUCAGGCUUUGUCAAUGUCACCAAAAGACAACAUUUGCAUUUAAUUGGAAUCAACCGCCCCCUAAAGAAAAAUUGUGUGAAUAUGGAAACUGCUCAUCAGUUAAAAAUAGCCUUUCAAAACUUUGCAGCUGAUACAAAUGCACUUGUUGCAGUACUUUACGGGGAAGGUGGAACAUUUUGUGCAGGUUAUGAUUUGCAAGAAAUUGCUGCUGGAAAUAUUACUGAGCUAUCAAUUCAUGAUGGCCCAAUGGGACCGACGAAAAUGGAGUUAUCAAAACCUGUUGUUGCUGCAAUAAAUGGUUAUGCUGUUGCAGGGGGCCUGGAAUUAGCAUUAUGGUGUGACUUGCGUAUCAUGGAAGAAACAGCCAUCCUAGGAGCUUUUUGCCGGAGAUUUGGAGUGCCUCUAAUUGAUGGCGGAACUGUUCGUUUGCCUGCACUUAUUGGAUUAAGCCGAUCUUUAGAUUUAAUUUUAACUGGAAGAGGUGUAAGUGCGAAAGAAGCAUUUGAAAUGGGCCUUGUUACAAAAGUGUGUAAGAAAGGAGAAGAUGGCAUGCUUUGGCCACCAUAUGCACCUAGCAACAUACCUUGAUAACAUAUGGCCUUUUACGAGAUUCUGAUUUAUGUGUUUGUUAUUGAAUAUUUCCAGUUGAGUGAAGUUAUGCACAAGCUGCUCACUGGAUUAGAAAAAAAAAAAAAAAAAAAAAGCAAACAUGUAGGAGUUAGUUACAGGAACAAUGCAAUUUGCAUAAAACUUCCAUCAAAGCAUUCCAAAUGCUUAACCAAACCCAUGAAGAUGCUGAGCUUAUGAUUGGUUUCAAAGUUUUAAGGAGAACAGCCCAAUAAAGCAAGAGCAGCAAAAAGUUCAGUCUUUUUUUAUUAACAGUCCUUGUAUAUGAGUGAAGAAAUAAAUGCAUUCUUCCUUCAAUUCUGAAUUUAUUCUUUAUUUGGGAUGUCUAAUUUCUGUUAAAAAAAUCUUCAAUCAGUAAAUAGAUCUAUGACUAUAUGCUUUGAUUUUU